AGAAGGUGGUAUGUUUGUUGAAGUGUAGCACUUUAGAAUUUAGAUAAACAAGUUUAGAGUGUCGAUCAGAUACCAAAGUCAGCUUGCCAGCUAGAUUUAAGAAAUAACAUGGGGGACCAGAGAUGAUAAUUUGUGGACGAGAUGAGCUGUCCUAUCAACCCGCAAACUACACGCUCUCGGAGUCGAUGUUGUGUGCUAUUGACAGAAACAUCGCCGAAUCUGUCGUGCUGUGUAUCGUGUACCUGGGACUGACGAUACUUUCCUUCGUUUCAAAUGGAUGUGUUAUCUUGUUGGCUAUCUGGGAGAGGUGCCCUGAGCUCGAUAGUUUGACUUUUGUCCUUGUAACUUCAUUAAGUUUCAACCAACUGUUCAUCAGUUUCUUUAUUUACCCACUUGUGAGCUACUCGGUGAUAGCUCGAGUAUGGGACCUUCAGAGUCUGUGGUGCUGGUUCUGUGCCCUGGUUUCCUCCUACCUCUACACCGUCUACUUCCUGCACAUUCUUAUCCUUGCUCUUGAUAUGCUGGUCGUCAAGCACUGUGAUGUGAGGACCCUGAUGUCAGUUUCGGUCAGUAAAACUGUCGCACUUACCACCUGGGUAAUAGCUCUCGCUCCUCAGUUAUUUCCUGCACUGAGUGGUGACAAGGAUUAUAAUUACCAGUACGACCCGAUACAGGCAGGAUGUUUUCAGACACUCAUAUUCUCUUCGACUUCGGAUCUUCUUUUGGCGGGCGGGCUGUACAUCAUAUGUCCAGUUAUUGCCAUAGCUGUCAGAUACAUGCAUCUUCUAAUAAACGAGGACGAUAGAAGAAAUUUGGCGGCAACUAUCUCAAGACGGCUAUUUGAUACACCAACCAUUGGCGUUAGAAACUACCGUACUCCUGCUUCUAUCGGAUUUAUGGGUUUGCUAACGGCGUGUCCUUGGCUGCUGUACAAGAUAACCAAAGCUGGAGAAAACAACGAGCACCCUCGUUUACUAGUAGAGCUGCUCCAACUCCUUCUCUCCCUCAGUUCCGUCCUUGUUCCUGGCAUCUACCUCGCCACUGUACCCACCUACUUCAGACAAGUCUUCUCACAAGACAGGUUCCCUUAUCUUUAUAAAAUUGGUUUCGGCAGGAAGAUCCCAGUUCGGAACAGCAGUAAAAGGCGGCAGUUUAGAAGGGAUAUUUUAGAGAAGCCUAUAACUACGAUUCAGGAGGAGGAGGAGAGCGAGGAGUACAUUGAACUUCCGGCUGUGACUAUUACAAUUCAGGGGAGUAGUCCUAAGUCUCAGCAACGGAAAGUUGAGGAUGGAAUAACUUUUAAGAAUGGCCAUGCUUCAGUCAAUGGGUCUGAAAAUGUUGAGUUGAUACCUUCUGUAUAGCUCAAAGGAUCCUAUUAUUAGAUAUGGUUACUUAAUGAACUAUAUCACCAGGCACUGACACUUUUUAUCUGUAGUCAGCACAUCUAAUUCUGUGUUUCAAUCUACAAGGGAACAAUAUUGAAAUAGUCAUUGGCUAUCUUGUAUGGGACAGACAAUGUCUUGAGGAAAUGUUUCAUCAUUGAUUGAAUGAAUUCGUAAUGAAGUUUUAAA